AUGUCAUCCGACUACGGAUCAGACAUUGACUCCGACGUCGCAGAUGCCGUCGACGAGAUUGUUUCGUCGCAGCAAGCUCCCCCUUCCUCCGCGCAAAUACCACGACCUGCGCUAAAGCCACUCAAUACAAACACUUCCCUUACACCUCCGUCAUCCCACGAUAAAUACGAUGGAACUACUCUUCAGCAAUGGCACCAAGCUGCAUCAACCCCGCCGCCCUCGGCCUCGUCGUCGGAUGCCGAACCGUAUCGCCUGACGUUUGGCAAACAUGAGGGCAAGACGCUUGCGGAGAUACCGACGUCUUAUAUUACGUGGUUGAUUAGGAAUCCGAUUUCGAGUAGGCCGAUGGAGUUGAUAUAUGCGUUGGAAGAGUGGCAGGAGGAGAAGAAGAAUGGGAGAAAGGCGGCGUCGCAGUCGCAAUCGCAGUCGCAGGCAUCGCAGGCAUCGCAGGUACCGAUGUCGCAGACACAGGCGUCACAGAUGUCGAUGUCUUCGAAGAUGCCGCUUUCCCCACCGCCGUCUCAAGUUGACCAGGCCGCUCCUCCAUCGUCACAGCCUGCGGUCACGAGCACGCACAUCUCCAAAUAUACCUCUCCUCCUUCGCCUUCUCGCUCGCCGUCACCACCGCCUAGCACACAACAGUCAUAUCCUCCUUCGUCACAGCUCACGGCACCUCAAGAACCGACUGGUGCACCCCUAUACGUCCUUCCAUUCGGCGAAUACAAAGGCAAGACUCUGCUCGAGGUACCAGAGGACUACCUCUACUAUCUUGGUGCGAGCGAAGAUAAGUUGGCUACUUUGCCUGGUUUGUCUAAUGCGCUCUGCUUGAUGCAGAAAGGCUUACCUCCAGUCGCUAUGGCACCCUCGGCCCCAAGUCAAGCUUAUUCGCAAGCUCUGCCACCGCCAUCAUCCGCACCUGGCCCGUAUAUGGGACAUGAACCGCCUGCCUCUAGUCAGCUCUCACAGAUGAGCCAACCACAGCAAGCUCCGCCACCACCUUCGACUGCGCCUAGCCAUCAUUCCCUCUGCAAAGACGGCAUCCCGAGUAGUUCGCAGCCUCUCGCACCGCAGCUCUCUGCCUCGCAACCGACCCCACAAUCCUCCUCACAACCUCCACCCUGUCGCGAACCAUACCGCUUCGACUUUGGCAAGUACACCGGGAAAACCAUCGCCGAAGUCCCUCCCUCCUACAUGGCCUACCUUGACAAAGAAGGUGUCAUCAAGCAACGUCCCGACCUUGCCGCUGGAGUCGAUGAGUACGAGCGCCAUCACCCACCCAUCGGGACUCCGCACAAGGGAGAAUACAGGUUCACAUUUGGCAAGCAUGUGGGGAAAACAUUGGCGGAAGUGCCCUCCCAGUACAUCUGGUGGCUCAAGAACAACACCACUAUUUCCAAGGACAAACCUGAGGUUGGUGCUGCUAUUCGGCAGUUUGAGCGGACUCAGAAGCAUACUCAGGCUAAGACUCAGAAUCGGAGGCGGCAGAGGGCUUGGUCUCCGAUGUGCUCAUGUUGUGAUUGA